CUCCCACCCUCCCCAGCCAGAGCCCUACCCACCCACCAGCCUGCCUGCAAUCUGCAUGCCGCAGGUCUCCGGAGAGAUCCAUCCAGACAGAACCAACCAACGGCCACACUGCAUCCACAUCGGCUCAUCUCACCCUCCUUACAACCCUCAGAGUUUGGCAAGAUGUCAGUGAAGGAGGGAGCUCAGCGCAAGUGGGCAGCGCUCAAGGAGAAGCUGGGGCCGCAGGACUCGGACCCCACGGAGGCCAACCUGGAGAACGCCGACCCCGAGCUGUGCAUCCGGCUGCUCCAGAUGCCCUCCGUGGUCAACUACUCCGGCCUGCGCAAGCGCCUGGAGAGCAGCGACGGCAGCUGGAUGGUGCAGUUCCUGGAGCAGAAUGGCCUGGACCUGCUGCUGGAGGCGCUGGCGCGGCUAUCAGGCCGCGGCGUGGCCCGCAUCGCCGACGCCCUGCUGCAGCUCACCUGCGUCAGCUGCGUGCGCGCCGUCAUGAACUCGCAGCAGGGUAUCCAGUACAUCCUCAGCACCCAGGCCUACGUGCGCCAGCUCUCCCUGGCUCUGGACACAUCCAACGUGAUGGUCAAGAAGCAAGUGUUUGAGCUGCUGGCUGCCCUGUGCAUCUACUCGCCCGAGGGCCACGCCCUGGCCCUGGACGCCCUGGACCAUUACAAGAUGGUGUGCAGCCGCCAGUACCGCUUCAGCGUCAUCAUGAGUGAGCUCUCCGACAGCAGCAACGUGCCGUAUGUGGUCACUCUGCUCAGCGUGAUUAACGCCAUCAUCCUGGGCCCCGAGGACCUCCGCGCCCGCACCCAGCUGCGGAGCGAGUUCAUCGGGCUGCAGCUGCUGGACGUUUUGACGCGGCUGCGAGAUCUGGAAGAUGCCGACCUGCUGAUCCAGCUUGAGGCCUUCGAGGAGGCCAAGGCCGAGGAUGAGGAGGAGCUGUUGCGUGUCUGUGGCGGCAUUGACAUGAACAGCCACCAGGAGGUCUUUGCCUCCCUGUUCCACAAGGUGAGCUGCUCCCCGGCAUCCGCCCAUCUGCUGUCGGUGCUGCAGGGCCUCCUGCACCUGGAGCCCACCCUCCGCUCCAGCCAGCUGCUCUGGGAGGCCCUGGAGAGCCUGGUGAACCGGGCUGUGCUCCUGGCCAGUGACGCCCAGGAAUGCUCCCUGGAGGAGAUGGUCGAGCGGCUCCUGUCCGUCAAGGGGCGGCCCCGCCCGAGCUCGCUGGACAAGGCCCACAAGGGCAUCCAGGCCGACCUAGGCCAGAGUCGGAGGGGCAGCUUUCCCCAGAACACGGGUGCCCCAAAGGCGUGGGUGGAGGACCAGCAGCCGGCAGGGGCCCUCAGCAGCCUGCUCGCUGUCAGCACGCAGGACACCGGCCACAUCAUGGCUUCACAGCUGACAGCCUUAGAGCAGCGGGUGCCCACCCCACUCCCGCCUGCACCGCCCCUCCCCGGCGCCACCACUGGGCCUCCUCCCCCUCCUCUUCCCCCCCCACCCCCACCACCGCCACUGCUAGGACCAGCCGUGUGCCCCCCACCCCCUCCACCACCCCCAUUGCCAGGACCAACCGUGUGCCUCCCACCCCUACCCCCUCCACCACCCCCAUUGCCUAACUCUAGUGGGACCGCACCUCCCCCACCCCCUCCACUGCCAAGCGUGGGAUGCCCACCCCCACCCCCACCGCUGCCCGGCACGGGAUGCCCCCCUCCACCCCCACCCCUGCCCGGCACCUCUGGGCCCCCUGCGGCGGGUGGCAUGGAGGAGGUCAUCGUGGCUCAGGUGGACCACCGCCUGGGCUCCGCCUGGGUGCCAAGCCACCGACGGGUGAACCCGCCCACGCUGCGCAUGAAGAAGCUGAACUGGCAGAAGCUGCCAUCCAACGUGGCACGAGAGGGCAACUCCAUGUGGGCCUCGCUGAGCAGCCUGGGCGCUGAGGUGGUGGAGCCAGACUUCUCCAGCAUCGAGCAGCUCUUCUCCUUCCCUGUGGCCAAGCCCAAGGAGCCAGCUGCAGCCCCGGCCAGGAAGGAGCCCAAGGAGAUCACUUUUCUGGACUCCAAGAAGAGCCUGAACCUCAACAUCUUCCUGAAGCAGUUUAAAUGCUCCAACGAGGAGGUCACCGCUAUGAUCCAGGCGGGAGACACCACCAAGUUCGACGUGGAGGUGCUCAAACAGCUCCUCAAGCUCCUUCCUGAGAAGCACGAGAUCGAGAACCUGCGCUCCUUCACCGAGGAUCGAACCAAGCUGGCCAGUGCCGACCAGUUUUACCUCCUCCUGUUGGGCAUUCCCUGCUACCAGCUGCGGGUCGAGUGCAUGCUGCUGUGUGAGGGCACGGCCGUCGUGCUGGACAUGGUGCAGCCCAAGGCCCAGCUGGUGCUCGCCGCCUGCGAGAGCCUGCUCACCGGCCACCAGCUGCCCAUCUUCUGCCAGCUGAUCCUGAAAAUCGGAAACUUCCUCAACUACGGCAGCCACACCGGUGAUGCCGACGGCUUCAAGAUCAGCACGCUGCUGAAGCUCACAGAGACCAAGUCCCAGCAGAGCCGCGUGACGCUGCUGCACCACGUGCUGGAGGAGGUGGAGAAGAGCCACCCGGACCUCCUGCAGCUGCCCCAGGACCUGGAGAAGCCCUCCCAGGCAGCCGGGAUCAACCUUGAGAUCAUCCACUCGGAGUCCAGCACCAACCUGCAGAAGCUUCUGGAGAUGGAGCGGAAGGUGUCCUCUUCCAUCCCAGAGGUGCAGGAGCAGUAUGCCCAGCGCCUCCAGGCCAGCAUCGCAGCCUCCCGGGCACUGGAGGAGGUGUUCCAGGCGAUUGAGCAGAAGAAGCUGGAGCUGGCCAGCUACCUGUGUGAGGACGCCCAGCAGCUGUCCCUGGAGGACACCUUCAGCACCAUGAAGACCUUCCGCGACCUCUUCAUCCGUGCCCUGAAGGAGAACAAGGACAGGAAGGAGCAGGCGGCAAAGGCCGAGAGGAGGAAGCAGCAGCUGGCAGAGGAGGAGGCACGGAGGCCACGGGACGAGGACGGGAAGCCUGUCAGGAAGGGAGGCAGGAAGCAGGAGGAAGUGUGUGUCAUCGAUGCCCUGCUGGCCGACAUCAGGAAAGGCUUCCAGCUGCGGAAGACAGCCCGAGGCCGAGGGGACGCAGAGGGGGGCGGCAGGGCGGCCGCUGCUGAGCCCCGGAGGGACAGGGCGCCUGUGACUACCAGUGACCCCAUGGGAGGUCCCAGGGCAGGCACCAGCUGCCCACCCUCUGAGCCUGGUCUUGACACUGCGGUGGCCACAGAGCCCCGUGGCUGGGACCUUGUGGAUGCCACUGUGCCCAGCCCGCAGCCCACGGUAGACCCACCGGAGGAGGGCGGCCCCAGGCCCCUGGAGAGGCGUUCUUCCUGGUACGUCGAUGCCAGCGACUUCCUGACCCUGGAGGAGCCCGCAGGCUCCGAGCCCCCGGGCUCCGAGCCCUCUGCGGGGGCCUGGCCAGUAGGACUGGGAGACGCUCAAGCCCUGAAGCCCCUCCAGUUCGCCAGUGACAAGCCCCCCGGGGCCAUGGGUUCAAGCCAAGACACUGAGGACCCCACAGUUUCGCGGGGCACCGACCAGGCCGAGGCUGACAGCACAGGCGAAGGGCCAGAGGACGCGGCUGCCCAUGGCCACAGUGCUGGCCUCCCCGCGAUUGUCCCCGGGGGGGAUGGGGACGAGGACGAGGAGGACACAGCCCCAGAUUCCGCGCUGGACACAUCCCUGGACAAGUCCUUCUCAGAGGAUGUGGUGACUGACUCCUCAGGGUCUGGCACCCUCCCCAGGGCCCGGGGCCGGGCCUCAAAGGGGCCAGGCAAGAGGAGGAAGAAGCGGCCCACCAGGGGCCAGGACGGCCUCAGGCCCAAGCCCAAAGCCAAGUGAGAGAGCCUGCAGGCCGCCAGCCUCCGCGCCACCAUGGGCCGCUGGAUAUGCUGCUGAGCGGGGCUUCUCUGGGGCCAGGCUGGGACGGGGCCCCUGGGAACCCAAAACUCCGUGCCUUACCCAGCCAGGGGCGGGGCCUCCCAGCCUUCCUGGGGUGUUGUGGCUGGGACCCCAACAGGCACUGGGGCCUGGCCAGCCUGGCACCCUCCUAGACCACCUGCACGCCCCCGGCCCCUCAUGGUCUACUUCCUAAAUGCCGAUGCCCGAGCCGACCCCGCAUGCACCGAGGCACCCGCCCACGCAGGGAGGGGUCGGGUAGCUGCAUCCCCUGGGGGUCCCUCUGAGCUUGCACCCCACUCUCCAGUGACCCGGCAUCCAGGUUCUUCUGGGGACAUCCCCUUGCAGACCCCUCCCCAUGAAGCCAUGGGAGCCAGGCAGAGCUGAAACCCCCACUGCCCCGUGAACAGGCCCCAGCUCUGCCCCCCAACCUGCUCAGCUGGGCAGGUGCCAAGCGUGGUUUUUAACCAAAAUAUGAUUACUUAUGCAUUUCUCCUGUUCUGUGGUGGCUGGUUGGGGGUAGGAGGGUGGGUCAGAGAACCCUAGGGCCUUGGGUAGAGGCCGACUGGCCAGCAGUGCCAUGGGCAGGCCAGGGUCCUCCUACUCAGCAUGUGGGUGCCCACCCACCCCCAGGUGUGUGCUCCCAAGCCUGGAGCUGGAGAGACUUGAACUAAUAAAGAACAAAGCUGGCCCAGCA